GUAUCUAGAGGUGACCAAAUGAUUAAAUAGGGUUGUUCAAGUUAGUUACGCAAAGGCUUGUGGGAAAUGUUUUUAUCAAACGGUUGAGGACUGUGGUAAGCUAUAUCCACAGUGCAGAAAAUUAUGCGGAAGCGAGAGCAGCAAAAAACCUGAGCGGAGGCAGAGAGGCGAUCGGACUCCGAGAUUUACCGUCAAAAUGGCCCAACCUGGUGGGCGAAAGCCGGGGUUUUUCUCGCGAGUGGCGGACCUGAUGGCCGCCCCGCGGCCCGCCGUGGACCGGAAGACCCUGGAGAAGACGUGGAAACUGAUGGAAAAGGUGAUGCGUUUGUGUCAGCACAACAAGAUGAAGUUGAAGAACAGUCCGCCGUACAUUCUGGACAUUCUCCCCGAGACCUACCACCAGCUCCGCCUGAUCUGGUCCAAGUACGAGGGCGACCCGGACAAGCUCCACGAACUCAACGACAACCUCUACUUUCGCAUUUUCGUGGACAACAUCAUGAAGAAGGCUCGGCAGACCAUUCAGCUCUUCAAGGUCCACAAGGAGAAGAUGUACGACGAAAACUCGACGGGCCGGCGCGAGCUGAACCGCCUGUCGCUCAUCUUCAGCCACAACCUGGCCGAGCUGAAGGCGAUCUUCCCCAGCGGGGUUUUCUCCGGGGAAAGCUUCCGCAUAACCAAACAGGAUGCCGCAAAGUACUGGAAGAAAAACUUCGGAACAAGUACCAUUGUUUCCUGGAAGUCCUUCAGCCAAAGUCUCUACGAGGUCCACAGCUUCCAGAAGGGCCUGGAAGCCUACGCCCUCAAGACCACCAUCGAUCUCACCUGCAACGACUACGUCUCCAACUUUGAGUUUGACGUCUUCACCCGUCUCUUCCAGCCCUGGAACACCAUCCUGCGCAACUGGAACUGCCUGGCCGUCAACCACAGGGGCUACAUGUCCUUCAUGACCUAUGACGAGGUCAAGAACCGCCUGCAGGCGUUCAUCAGCAAGCCGGGGAGCUACAUCUUCCGACUGAGCUGUACUCGUCUGGGCCAGUGGGCCAUCGGCUACGUCACGCAAGAUGGCAGCAUCCUGCAGACCAUCCCCCAGAACAAGUCUCUCUGCGAGGCCCUCAUCGACGGCAACCGCGAGGGAUUCUACUUAUACCCGGACGGCGCAGACGACAACCCUGACCUGACCUCCAUCAACACCAAGCCCAUGGAGGAGCACAUCCACGUCUCCCAGGACCAGUACGCCCUCUACUGCGAGAUGGGCUCCACCUUCCAGCUCUGCAAGAUCUGUACGGAGAACAACAAGGACAUCCGGCUGGAGCCGUGCGGCCACCUUCUCUGCUCCUCCUGCCUGAACGCCUGGCAGGACAGCGAUGGUCAGGGGUGUCCGUUUUGCCGAUGUGAGAUCAAGGGCACCGAGGUCAUUGUCAUUGACCCCUACCAGCACCAGGGUUCAAAGGACAAGACUAACGGGGCCGAGGAGAAGCACGAUUCUGAGUUUGACGAUGAUGAUGACGAUGGCUUGGAGAUGCCACCAACAGAGCCCGUCUACGCAGCACCUCAGAAGGGGCCCAAGACUGAGCCGCCCAAGAAGCUGGGUGCCAGCAAUGUGCCUGCCCUGCCCCCACGCCGGCCCUCCCCCAAUGUCUCCCCCACCUCGUCUCCCAACAUGUCGCCGCGCUCGUCCAAUCACGACCUCAGUGAGGCCGGGAGAGGGGCCUCCGCGGGUGAUGGCAAAGCGUCAGGCUUUCCCACCCUUCCGCCCCGGCGCUACCUGGACGACAGGUUGGAACGAACCGAGGCCGACGGCUUCGCAACUGCAGAAACCCAGAAGACAGGACCAAAGGCAUUCCCAUCAACAGAGGGCAUCUAUGACCAUCCUCCCCCGCCCCAAAGCGCGCCCCGGGCCCGCAUCACACCCCCAGCCACUACGACAGUCAACGACCUGAUUCUCCUGUCUACACCCGCACCAACAGGUGACGACAGUCGGGGCGGUUCCCCAGCACCAACCCCCUUCCCCACAGGGACCGCGCCCGGUCCCGCCCCCGGCUCACCCAAGGGCCACAUGAAUCUCCUGUAUGAACGGCUCAGCAAUGCCCACAGCCCUUCCUCGCCCGGCGCAGCGGCCGCACCCACCAACCCCUUCCUGCGCUCGGGUAGCGACACACAGCCCGAGCACCUCACGUCCCUCAAAGCACAGCCCCAGGCGCACCGUAGCGCGGAAGAACUCCACGCCCUCUUCAGCGCUUCAGACGACCCCUUUGCCACAGCCCUAGAUGGCGGGGUGUUCUACGAGAACAGCAUCGGGUACCUGAACCUCCCACCGCCUCUGAACCCUGCCCUCCACCACCCAUCCGCCCCCUCGCCCUCUUCUGCCGUCCAGUCAGAGCAGAAACACUUCGGCUACGAAAAUGUGCCUCACCUAACACAAGCUCUCACCUUAGGUGGCAGGGCCUCCCCCUCAGAGGACUACGAUAUCCCACCACUACGCCCGCACCUAUCCAUGAACUCACAGGCCCCAGUGACAACUCAACAGCCCAGAAUGCCAGUUCGAGAAACCCCUGAAGAUUACGACAUUCCACCCCUCCCACCUAUGGGUACCCGGCCACCUCUGCAGCAAUCCAGUCAGCCCCCACCCCUGCCGACCCAACCCCGCCCGAUGUCCAGCCCAGCACCCUCCAGCGACCAAGCUCUGCCCCUGGGCCAGCGACAAGUGCCCUCCCCGCCCACCAAUGGUGUACUCCAGCCGACCAAGGUUGCCGGCGCCGGUGCGGGCGAUCCCACUACAGUGCAAGGGAAGAUGGAGACACUGGUCCGGGAGGGGUACCGAAUGGACGACAUCCGGAAAGCCUUGGACAUCUCUCAGAACGACCUCACCAUGGCCCGGAAAAUCCUCCGGGGGUUCUCCAACCCUGCGACUUCGACAUAAGGUCAGCGCAACGACAACUUUACGUGCCCAAGCAGAAACGAGAAGUCAAUAUGUUAUGCAGAACUAUUCAAGAUACAGUACAUGCACACCCGGAUGUCUCAGUUGGUAGCGUUGCUGGAGCGGCAUUUCUGCUGUCUCGGUUUCUGUCCACCAGUACAUCCAGUAAUGGAAUUCUGUAUCCAUUCGCUUUGUGCAACACUGGCUGAGGGCGCUAUAUGCCUGGAAGGUGUUUGCCUACCAGUGAGAUCUCAUGCAUUUCCUUGGUGCCCCGGACACUGAUUGGUCCCAGUUAGCAUGUUCAGCAUGCACUAUGGAAUGAAUUGAUUUGUUUUUUUCUUCCCUUCCCGCUCUUCUUUUUAAAAUUGUUGCUAUGCGGCGAAUAGGACGUGUGGUGGGGACGCCAUUUUGUUCAGUAGCCACAAGACGUCACCUGUGAGGCUGGCCCUCUGUAGCUACGAGUUUCUUGGUACUUAAGGUCAAAGGUUGUACUGAUUUGCAUACAAUCAGGUGGCUGGUAUUAAGGCCGCGACCUCUUAUGCUGCGCCGACAUGUACAUACUUGUGCCAAAAAGAAGAAGAAAAAAAGAACAUCACUUAUUUUUGUCAACAGAAAGCCAAACGUGGCUCAGACGUAACUUUUCCCAAGCGAGACGGUAACUAGGCAUUAUAUUCUAGAGAGGGAAUUAAAGAAAAAAUGUAAAUAGUUCUUUUGGGGAUAUACCGAAUCACCCAGGCGCUUUAAAAUUACUAGGCAACAGCAAAAUACUCUUCUAAAAGAAAUAUCUUUGUAGAAUAUUUAAAGAUUGCAAAUGAUUUUUGCUGUUUGCAAUAUGCUGCAGAACAUACGCUUGUGGACCCAGUAAACAAGAUUUUGGGUAUGUGUGGCCUCUGAAUCUAUGUGAUAUUUAUGUAGAUUGUGUAACCAAAAAUAUGAUGCUUUUUUCUAUAUAGUAUAUAUUGCUGUUUUUCUAAACCGAUUAUCUGGGUACUAUAUUGUACGUGUCAUGAUUGUGCAAGUAGUUAUUAGACCAGGUCUUUAUGUUUUUGGUCCUUUCUUUGCACGUCCGCAGUGAGCAUCUUUGACAAGUUUCCUGUGCUUUUAAAGCUAACUUCCUUAUUCCUAGAGCAAAGCGAAGCCGAAAUUUCAGACUUGAAAUGAAGUUACAGUCAGACGUGGAAGUUGAUGACACCGCAAAACUGCAUUCUUUGCCUGACCCUGAAAAACACCCUUUGUCCACUUCAAGACAGAAAUUUUCUCCCCUCUACGGUAAUCAUCCAGUCAGUGACCGAUGGAUAAAUUGCCCUCCUUUUUUGUCAAGAAACGCCAGACACAAUAAAUAAUUCACUUUUCCAUUGGUCAGAUUCCAUAAUGCAUUUUCGGACUGGUUUGAAGACAAGUUGACUGAAAAAAAAGUGUAACAUGUUGUUUUAUGGGCUUCUGCUUUGAUGUUCGGUGCCAACUGUUUUAAAUGAUAUUUUUUGUAAACAUCAUUUCCACAUGACUGGACGAUCGCAGCUCACUGUAUGAUUUCCAUUUUCCUGUUUCAUUCUUCCUAGUGGCGCAAAUUUGUCUCAUUUCGGGCAAGGGAACAUCUUGGGGGGGAAGCCAUUUUCCUUAUUUGAGAAUCGAGAGAAAGGGGAUUUUUUUUCUGGUCAGCUUCAUUUCACUUCCUUCCAGAGGCCACGUACAAAGCCUGAAAAUGUAGCCUCACGCCCCCUUGCCCUCCCAAAAAGAAAUUGUGGUUCUUGUUUUGCCCUUGAUGCCUGGCACACGAUAGAAUACUGGUUGCUCUAUAGGUUUUAAUUUCAUUAAAUUUGUCAGCAAUGUGUAGAAUUCCUGUUAAUUGUGAACGUUUAUGUCACCAGUUUGACAAUCACUUCGGCAUGUACUUAAAAUCAAAGUUUUUCUUUUUAUGUGUGGAAUGGAUGGUCAAGGCAGUUUGCCAGCGAAUGACGAAAACGACACUCUCAGACAUCUGAACACUCAAAUCCUGUUUUCUCAACAAUCCAUCCCCCCCGCUACAAAUUAGCCCCUCCCCCUGUGUGCCCACUUUCUAGGAAUUUGUGUUAAGAUUUAAACAAGCCUUCAUAUUUGGGACAUUCUUCCCUAAUAAUUUAGGAAGUUCAUGGAUUUUUGGGCAGGGGCUUGCUAGUUUCAGAUGUUUACAUGACGUCAAAUCAUUCAAAACCACUGUUCCAUCCCAAAGUGUCAGCCUUGUUUAUGAAAUAAUGCUUUCAUUUUUAUACUGAAUGCUUUUACUGUUUGUAAGAAAAAAAAGUGAAACGCCAUUUUGUUUCCUUGCUGUCAACAUUUCUUAAGGGAAAGCUAAAAACUGAAGUAUGGAUUGUGUGCAUAAGAGAUAGUGCUGUUCAAGAGUGCUAACUACGGCUAGGGCGCAUUUCGUAUAGAAACUUGUUGGUUUCAGCUGUAGCUUGACUCGGUCUCAACCACCGCGCUGAGUUGAGUCCAUCGGAAGCCCUUGCUAGUUUAUCAACCAACUCUUCAGGUGAACAGCAACAAAUAGCAUUUCUUUGUAGCUGUUCACUGUUACCAAUGAUGGGCCUCGUGAGGGGACCGGGGACAGGACUCAACUACAUUGACUGACAUGGCAUCCAAUGUGGCUGUAGCCAGAACUUAGCAUGUGCCUCCAUCAAAGCCAGUGGGCAGAAGCUCUGGCCACUUCCCAUAGGCAUGUGUGACACUGCUAGCCACGACCACAAUGUUUGGAUGUGGCUAGUCCACUCUCCAGUGGAGGGAUUAGCUGAAACUGGUUCCCUGGGCACUUUCCAAUAGAGGGUUCAGUUGAAACUGGUUUACUGGUCACUCUCCAAGAGAGGGAUCAGUCAUGUCAGUUGAAACUGGUUCCCUGGUCACUCUUCAAUAGAGGAAUCAGUUAAAACUGGUUCCCUGGUCACUCUUCAAUAGAGGAAUCAGUUAAAACUGGUUUCCUGAGCACUCUGUAGUGAAGAGAUCAGCUGAAACUGUUUCUCUCAGCACUUUCCAAUCGACAGAUCAGGAAAUCAGCACUUACCUUCACUAUUUGUGCAGCCCGGCAAUAUCAGGGCGCUUCUGAAGUUUUUGCCACUGGGGGGCGCAGUUGUGCCCAUGCAGUCCCUACUCCAGUGAAGACAGAAUAGAAGUUGACAGUAUGUUCUCUUGUCGGUAAUGUGCAUUGUACAUAGAUUUAAA